AUGUUGCCACGUAUCAUAUUCUGCGCUGCAGUUUCUCUAGCAACAAUAGCAGUCAUUCUUUUGGCUUUGCUAUCACCUGCGUCUCACAAGAAGAGUACUCAUUCAAGGCCAUGGCUUGAUCUGUCCUUGUACAUCCAACAACCUCGUAUACCAACCUCAAAUACACAUGUUGUACCAAGGGAAGAUGCUGGAGCAUUCAUUUUUCACCGUGUCCUUACAGAAGGACCAGAGAACACUUCACAGGUGGUGGGAAAAGCACAAGGCUUCAUAAUUCCUGUGGAGCAGUUCGAGCAAUCAGCAUUCAAUGUUAUAUAUCUUACCUUUGACACCCCAGAUCAUUCGGGUAGCCUAAGCGUGCAGGCCAAGGAAUCAGCUCACAAGGACAGAGAAGAAUUCAAGGUGGUAGGAGGAACAGGUUCAUUUGCCUUUGCUCGUGGUGUUGCAGUUUUUAGUCACACUAAUAGACAACCAAGUGAAGUGGCUGCAACUUACCAUGUUAAACUCCAACUUGAAUUCCCAUAUCAUUCCCAGAAGCUACGAUGA